AUGGUGUUACACACGCCAAAGAAGCAGCCCGUGAAUCCAGAGGAAGUGAAGUCGCUGAUUCAUCAGCGGGGACAGGUCAAGGGAAAAGUGACGAGAAUUAAGAGUGCCCUUGACGAAGCCAAGAAGAACCCGCAGAGAAUAACCAAGGCGACGCUGAAAGUGUACGAGAAGAAGCUGGAAGCGCACUACCAGGAGUACGUGUUGCGCCAUCGGGAAGUGAUCGAACUUCACACCGAAACGCUGGUGCUGGUCGAAGAGCUGAUGGAGAUGUUCAACCAGCCGGUCGCUGGACCGGCCCCCUUCCAAGUCGGUGCCAACGGAGUGGCGCCUCAAGUGAUCGUGCAACAGCAACCUCUUCGAGCACCGAUACCGAGCUUCGACGGGCAGACGAAGAACUGGCCAAAGUUCAAGGCCAUGUUCGAAGACCUCGUCGGUCGCACCCGCGAUUCCGACGCCAUGAAGCUGCAUCACCUCGACAAAGCCCUGGUCGGUGAUGCAGCUGGGUUGAUCACCGCAAAGAUGAUUCAAGACAACAACUACGAGCAAGUUUGGAGGGAGAUCAGCGAGCAGUUCGAGAACCAACGUGUCAUCGUGGAUACGCACAUCGAUGGAUUGUUGCAGCUCAAGCCAAUCACCAAGGGAAACCACAAGGACUUGCAGGCGCUCACCAAAGCCUGUGAUCGCCACGUCGCCGGAUUGCAGUACCAAGGACUCGUCGUCGACAGGCUGUCAGGACUUAUCAUUAACAAGCUAGUGGUAGGGUGCUUAGAUGAUAGUACUAGACAGCAGUGGGAAAGGACGCAGAAACAAGCUCAAAGCUCUGAAUCUCCCAACCUUCCCCCGUCCACUACACUGAGUCAGAACCUGCAGCAGCAAACCCCUCUCAACUCUUCAUGUUCAUCCAACCAUUCCCAGAGUUUGAAAACUGUGAUGUUGCUGACGGCUCUUGUCAUGAUCGAGAACGAUGGAGAUCCCGUUCCUUGCCGUGCGCUUCUUGAUAGUGGCUCGCAAGUGAACUUUCUCUCCGAGCGGAUUGCCGACAAGUUGAAGGCCCCUCGUGAGUCGAUCCUGCUUAAGUCAGGACAGCUGCACCUGGCAGAUGGUCUGCCAGAGUUGCGCGAAACUCAUUUCGGCUGGGUAUUUUCCGGCGAAAUCGAGAAUUCUGUGAACCAUUCACACAUCGCGAACAACGCUUCGUUGGAUGUGCUGAAUCAAACGAUUUCCAAGUUUUGGGAGGUCGAGGAUCUUGCCGAUCCAACGCCCCCACCCUCUGAUGUUGAUGAAUGUGAGAAGUUGUUCGUGGAAACGCAUCGUCGUUUACCGUCAGGUCGAUUUGUUGUUAGAUUGCCGUUUCGAGAAGAUGUGUCAGGGUUGCCAGACAACCGUUCGCUCGCUCUUCGUCGGUUCCUGCUGUUGGAGCGCCGUCUCAACAGAGAACCAAGUCUGAAGCAGCAGUAUGCUAAGUUCAUUGAUGAGUAUGAAGCCCUUGGUCAUUGUCGUGAGGUCGAUGAGUCCAAAGAUGUAGACCAGCAUCGGUACUACAUGCCCCACCACGCCGUCCUGAGGCCGACGAGCUCGACCACGAAACUGCGAGUAGUGUUCGACGCGUCGGCCAAGCAAGGUUCAACGGCGAAGUCGCUCAACGAGGUCCUCCGCGUUGGAAAGCCAGUCCAAAGUGAUUUGUUCAGUAUUCUCCUCAGAUUUCGUAAACACCCCAUUGCAUUCACUGCCGAUAUUGAAAAAAUGUAUCGGCAAGUGCUUCUAGACUCGUCUCAGACGAGGUUUCAGCGAAUUCUGUGGAGGAGUGACACUUCAAAGCCGAUCCGCGUGCUGGAGUUACAGACGGUAACUUACGGCACAGCAGCUGCCCCGUUCCUCUCGACCAGAUGUCUAGUUCAGUUGUGUCAGGAUGAAAGAGAGAAGUUUCCGCUAGCAGCCGAGGUGGUUCGUGAUGAUUGUUAUGUCGACGAUGUCCUUUCCGGUGCUAGUUCCGCUGACGAAGCUGUAGUCGUCCAGCGGCAGAUUCGAGAGAUGUUGGAGUCUGGAGGUUUUCGUGUCCACAAAUGGAGCUCGAAUUGCCAGGAAGUGUUGAGUAGUGUUCCCGAAUCUGAUCGCGAGAAACUUGUUUGCCUCGAUCAAGGAAACGAGGUCGUCAAGGCACUGGGUCUGACAUGGUGUCCCCAGUCUGACGAAUUUAUGUUCGUGGUGCGUCUUCCGAAAGAUGUCACCGAAUUCACCAAGCGAAGUAUUUUCUCCGAAAUCGGUAGGUUGUUCGAUCCCAUCGGAUUUCUAUCCCCCGUGAUUGUUGUUGCGAAGCUUUACAUGCAGAAGUUGUGGUUGAUUGAGUUGCCAUGGGACGCCAAGGUCGAAGGAGAUCUUCUGGCGUCGUGGUUGUGUUUCCGUAGAGCCCUCCCCAAGGUUAGUGAAAUUCGGAUUCCACGCUAUGUUAUCAGCCCGUCGACUGUCGCGAUUGAGCUUCAUGGAUUUUCCGACGCUUCCGUUGUUGCUUACGGUGCAAACAUUUACGUCCGAUGCAUCUUGUCCGACGGCAGAGCUCAACUUCGCCUCCUCUGCAGCAAAUCCAGAGUUUGUUCGCCCAAGAAAGAUCUAAACAUUCACCGCAAAGAGUUGAUGGCGUGUGAACUGUUGGCUCGCAUGAUGGUUAGAGUUCUCGAGACUGUCAAGUUUAAAGUAAGCCAAGUCGUACUUUGGACUGACAGUCAGGUUGUCCUCGCGUGGCUUAAGAAGUCCCUGGCGAAGCUCGAUGUGUUCGUCCGGAACAGAGUUGCCAAGAUUCUUGAGCUCACCGCAGGAUUUAUCUGGAAAUAUGUCAGGUCAAAGGACAACCCCGCCGAUAUUGUUUCCAGAGGCAUGCUCCCCGAGGCUCUCAUGUCGAAGUCCGAGUUCUGGGAAGGCCCAUUCUUCCUGAGAAUCGAAGUGUACGAUGAGGAAAUCCCCCCGGAAAUUCCAGAUGAUGAACUCCCCGAGUUGAAGCUUGGUCCGAUCAUUGCAACCCCUGUGUUCAAUGAAGACCAGCUUCCGGUGUUUACCAAGUUCAGUUCGUUCAGAAAGCUGCAGCGUGUGAUGGCAUACGUGCAGCGUUUCAUCCAAAAUUGUCGUCAGAAAGAUCCGUCUUGUCGAGUGUUCAUGAUUCACCCAACGAUUCCUGAGUUGCGCGCAUCGCUGGAACUGAUCGUAAAGAUUACCCAGCACGAAGCACUCAGUGACGAAAUUCACCGUGUUCAAAAUGACGAACCGUGCAAGAAGAUUGCAGGUUUGCACCCGUUCUACCAGGACGGUGUCUUGAGAUACAUGCAGCGAUUGCGCGAUGAGUUUUGGAGAAAGUGGCAUCGCGAUUAUUUGCAAACCCUUCAACCCCGCGGUAAGAAUCGAGUUAAGUCCGCCAACAUCAAACCAGGUAUGAUUGUCUUGCUAGAAGAAAAAGAUGCGCCCGUGCAGGUGUGGAAGUUGGGAAAAAUCACAAAAACCUUCCCCGGGAAAGAUGAUUUGGUGCGUACGGUCGAAGUACAGAUCGGCACAGAUGUGUACAAGCGGGCGAUCCAUAAGAUUGCUGUUCUGCCAAUCAUUGAUAAUGCAAAUUUGGUUAAGGUCACAGAGAUUCCAUCUCUGCCCGGCGGGAGUAUGUUGGCGCCAACGCCAAAGUAG